CGAGUUUCUCUGUCUGCAUGCUUCUGGCUGCGUGAACGUAUAUCAGCCCGUGCAUCCAAUUCCUCGGUCUCUUCACCUGCAUGACCUGUGAGCCAGCCAGCGGAGAGGCAGAGGGACGCGGGCUGCUGCCUUCGGCUCGUCCUGUUAUUACCUUCAUCAUUAGUUUAAUCCAGGGGAUCACACGGCGGCUGCUGAGUCCAGCUUGCAAGAUGAACUUCAAGAACUUCAGGGAUUACCUGGCCUGGCUGUACUAUCAGUACCUGCUCAUCACAGGCAUCUACGUCCUGGAGCCCUGGGAAAAGUCCAUCUUCAACUCGGUCCUCUUCUCUGCCAUAGCCAUGGUAAUCUACACCUCAUAUGUCUUUGUGCCCAUCCACGUGCGCCUCGCACUGGAGUUUUUCUCGCAGCUCUUUGGCGGCCAGCCCGAGAGUGCCAUGGCCCUCAUGAACUAAAAGAAGGGGGGUCAAGAGUCUGUGGAAGGGUAAGAUUAUUAACCACAAGUCCCCAACUCAUUUCUCAACUUCUGGAGUUCGUCCUUCUUUUAAGAGUGAAAUCAUGAAGAUCUUCAUGGAAUAAUCUGGAAAUCAGAGCCAUACUAUCUUCUUUACAUCCCUAACCUUCUGGCCUUACCCCAUGGUGUUAGACUCAUUAUUGUUGCCACCUCGCUGUAAAACAUCUUGUAAAAUGUUGUUGGUCCUAUUUUUUUUUUUUUUUUCCGACCACAUUUUUUGCAUGAUAGGGUCAUAAGUGGGUCAUGGCCAGCUGAAAUAUCACCCGUGAUAAUUUUGGAAUCUUUUUUUUUUUUUUUUUAUGACUUUAGCUGUUUAAAAAAUCACUAUUCUUUAAUAUGUAGUGCACCAUUCUGACCCCCAGCCAUUUAAUAUGCACUAUUUUUGAAUUAUGUAAUAUAAGUAAUAUAUUUCUGCUUCAGGUUUUUAUAAUGGAAUGAAAAAAAAAUGAAAAAAGUUUUUGGUAUGAACACUACUUCUGCUUGCGAUACAUUUUACAAAUGAGGAAUUUCAGGUUGUAUGAAUCCUGUCAGUGAUGAUAAUGAUUCAUUAGUGUGUGAAUAAUAAUUUCCCUGAACUUUUGACUGUUUACUAUUUGGGGAUCAAGUGAGUGGUUUCAAACAGCCUUAGAAAAAAACCCUUCAGAGCAGCAGGUAAGAUUAUACACCUUUAUUGAGGGGCUGAGGAGGACUCUCUGUGAGGUUUAGAAUGAACUGGAUGAGUAACACUAACCCCUUUAAGUAUUCUGUUUAUGUGCCACAUACAGUAAGUGGCACCAUGUUAUCCCUUACUGUGAAUUGUUCUCUGAUCAAAAUCGAGUUUGUACUCAUCCCAACAUUUCUAGCAAGCACUUAAUGUUACUGGUUGAUCGAUGGUUUUGUAUCUGAACCACUAUCACCUUUUUUGUAUUUGCCAUCAUGCACCUUGAUGCUAACAGGCGGGACUUUUAUUGCACAUUUCAAGUCACUAUAUGGCUGAUCUUAAAAAAAGAGAGAUCACAGAAUUACCCAAACUAUGCAAUAAUUAAUAGAAAAUCACGGUCUCUGAGUGUUUGUCCUAGGCUUACAUUUACAGAUUUACUGAUCAAAGGGAGUACCAUUAGGAAUAUUUGUGUUUCGAGGCCCUAUCUUUAUCUCCUGUUUUUAACUGUUGGUAUGUCCCGAAGGCGUGCUCUGCCCUGAGCAUGAGCAAAUAUUGAUGCAGCACGCCUUUGUGUUUUAGGCUUGGCUUUGGUAAUGACACAGCUUUUUCAUAAUCAACAUCUGAAGUCAAAGCUGGCACGUAUAAAAUGUAAUAAUCAGCAGUCAAAACAUCCUACAUGGAAAGCCAACACUGUCUUCUUUACCUAUAGUUGACCUAUAUAUAUGGAACCAGAGAGAGAAUGAGUCAUGUGGGAUCUGGUAGUAAUAAUGAGCAUUGUUCUUAGUUGUGUGUUUCAGAUACUCUCUGAUUGUUUGUGCUUUGGGUCAAGGGCUCGCUGUUCUAAUCCUAAUCUGUAAAUUAACUUUAUUUAUAUGAAAUGAUAUAUUUAUAUAUAAUGGUAAAUGCUUGGCUGGUUACAAUGUCAAUUACCAAACUUCUUUGAUUAUUUAUAUCUGUGUUCUCUUGUGGCCAUAAAAGAAACAACACAGAAUUUGUUCUUUACUUUAUUUCCUCAUCUGAAAAAGCAUUUAUAUUUUUCUCAGUUUGUGUCAUGUCAUUUUACUUUUGUUAAAAACGUACUAUAGUCUGAGACAUUUCCUGUACCUAGAAUGAAGCACGCUUUGAGAGGCUUUUUUUUUUCCACCUAAAUGAAUAUUAUAUUUCUACAUCAAAGAAACACAUCACUGCAACAUAAAGAAAAUAAAAACAUUUAAAAAAUAAAAGCAGAAUUGUUCUCUUUGUCAU